UGAUGUGAGGACGUUCUAUGAUUUCGUUCAGGAGCGUGGCGCUCUCUCAGCACUGGCACUAGCAACGGGGAAGAACGCGUUUGUUUUCACGCAACUCGCGUUCCCUCUUCGCGCGUAACAGACAGACGUCGGUCGAGUCCAGUGGAAUCGACCGUUUUACCAGCAAGAGGCGACCGAAGAUCGUUGUGCGUCACGGUGCCCGGCCGAUAUUCGACAGUCAAAAAACCCGCGGCGUGCGCGGCCACGCGACGCGUACACGAGGAAUACGAGCGUCCCUCGUGCAACAAGGAGCGCCACAUUUUCCUUCUUAUUUACCUUUGUGUGUCGAGGCCUGUAUGUCCUUGCAGUUCGCGGGCAUUCUGUUCGUCAGUGUGUAACGUUUGCCGAGACUGCGAGCUACCGAUUACCGUGCUCACUCACCAAAGACGAUCUCUCUUGGAACGUUUACGCGGCCUAGCCAGAUACUACGUCUGUGCGUGUCAGUGUCUGCGUGAUGCGCGAACAUUUCCAUCGACCAGCUGAUCGCGAUUCUGGCAGUGUUGCAUCGGCUCAAUGGACUUUAUAGAGGCAGCUCGUCCGUGGAAUAUCGCGUACGUGAGCGAAAGGUUAGAUCGUCGGUGGACGAGGGGACAGUUUUCGCGCGGGUACACAGCCCUUUUUUUGCUCACGCCCGUCAACGUCAACACCUGCGGUAACCGCGGGAAUUUUAUCGCGGCGGUUCGCGGCGUCGCUGCUGCGUGGUGUUGUGCGCCAGCUUAAAGUUCGCGGACCGUGCGCGGGAGAAGGACAGUGCGCGUUCUAUGUACGUGUCUAACUAGAAGGUGACAGAGUACGAGUGUUGGACAGAGACAGAACUAAACUAAGAACUCUGAGAAAGUUGUAGCAAUACGUGCCACCGUCACAUACACCAAACAUCUCGACUUUGCUACAUUUUUCAAUAUACGUAUACCACCUAACUGUACGUACGUGUAUGCGAUUCGUGUUAUUGUUUCGUGAUUGAAUCAAGUACAAGGACAGGUCGGAAGAUCGAGCGAAGCAAGUACGAUAAAUAAAGAACAUCGGCCGAUCUUUUGUAUCGCGAGAUCGUCCGUGCUUUCGUUGUUUGGAGCGCAGUUUGUCAGUGAGGGUAAAGCCGAUAGCACGAGCGAGACAAAGAGCACUCGCGGAAUAGCGACGCGGCAAGAAAGAGACAGAGAUACGGUUGUCGCUCCACGAGGAAGAAGAAAGACACGCGCGCUGGAAUUGAAUAUGUCCGCCAAGCGAAAGGCCACUGCCAUCAUGCAGCAUCACAAGGAAAACAUCUCGACCCCGGAGCCAGCCGACAUAUCCGAGGAGGAUCACUACUCAAGCGCGCUCAUGAAAGACGCGGAUAAGCUGAAGCUGAUGCUGCUCGCUUGGAAUUAUAAUCUUCAACAGCAGGCUCAGGCUCAGGCCCAGGCCCAGGCACAGGCUCAGGCCGCCAACGCGGCCCUCUCGCCAAAUAACUCCUCGACAACCACGGCCACCACCGUUGGCACACCUGUCACCAGCCAAUCGGCCAUUUCCACGGCAAACAACACCAUUAACAACUCCACACUUACAGACUCGCGAAACGGGUCCUCGGAUUUGGUAGAUAUGCCAGCCGGGACCGUUCCGAAUUUGGGAGCGGUGGCAGGAGUCGGAGGCGAGGAUAUGGCAUCCUUGUGGGCUUCCUACGCCAUGGGACUAAAGAAGACACCGCCGCCAGCAUCCGCUGCCACGCCCUCGCGAUCCGAUCGCGAUCGCGAGUCCAGUCCACCUGGAGAGGGGACGGGCAGCGCUCACGACGAAACGAGCAGCAGCGGUAAUAAGGAGGACGAGGACGACGACGACGAGGAUGCCGACGAGAGGUUGGAUCCCAGACACCACGACCCAGAGCGCCAGAAGGCUUUCAACAUGUUCGUCAGGCUGUUCGUCGACGAGAACCUGGACCGUAUCGUGCCGAUCUCCAAGCAACCGAAGGAGAAGAUACAAGCCAUCAUCGAUAGUUGCACCAGGCAGUUCCCAGAGUUCGCAGAGAGGGCCAGGAAGAGGAUCAGAACGUACCUGAAAAGCUGUCGGAGAAACAAACGUGGCAGGGAAGGUGCACCCUGGGACGCGGCGAGGCCCACUCCGGCACACUUGACCUCCGUACAGGCCGAGCAGAUUUUGGCAACGGCCUGCGAAAAUGAGAGCGACAACGCGAAACGCAUGAGACUCGGUCUGGAGCCCGUCUCACAGCCCAUGCCAACUCUUCCGGCCGCAACGCAAACGGAUGUUCGGUCAAGUUUGGACCAUUUCUCCAGUACACCGGUGAAAUCGCUUCCUGGUAAGAGGGAGGACACACCACCGGCAUCGCUAACGUCCCUGGCGCCUCUAACCAGUUUGGCGAACUUGCCGAGCAGCACCCUCUCUUCUACACCCCUGUCUCUCGCACCCGCGUCGAAAUUGCUCGCGCCAGGGGACAACAAGGGUCUCAUGAGCCAGGCGACGAUAGUCAGCUCGUCGACGGUUAACGGUGUUGCCAGCGGCGGUGCACCGACGGCGAUGUACAGACCGAACUUCAGCCAAGCGUUCCAGCGAGCUGGACCGACCACAGUGCCGCCAACCUUGUCAGCAGGCCUCUACCCCACGCAGAGCUUCACGUCGGGUCUAUUGAGCAACGGUACACAAAGACCGACGGAUCUGAGCAUGAAGAACACGAAGCCGCUUCUCAGUCACAAGUUAAACGCGACGGAGAUGACCGCCGUGAGGCAAUUGAUCACUGGAUAUCGAGAAUCAGCUGCGUUCCUCCUGAGAUCUGCCGACGAACUGGAGCAGCUGUUGCUUCAACAACCAUAGAGUUACAUUUACGUAGCCAGUGGCCAACAGCUCGGCUCGUAAGUCUUUCCUAACGAGGAACCAGACUGCCAUGCAACGCGAAUACACCGACUAAACGGCCGAUCCUCGAAUCCGGAGACUUGAAUGCCCGCAUACGAACGAAACCCGUUUACCUUGCUCUAAGUGGAAAUUACCGACUGUUGGUAACAAGAUUCCGUUAUCCACCACUGGGAAACACGAUUCCCGAGAACAGAUCGCCCCGAGGAAGCAACGAACGAUGCAACCCGGCGAAACUCGCACUGGAGGACGUCGGAUGAUAGAAUUUCCUAUCGUUCGAGCAUGACGGCCGUUAGCUUCUUCCGCAGACUGUAACGCCUCGAAAGAAUAACGAGGGACGUCCAUCUGGAUCGAUAUGACGAAGCGGAAACGAAUUUUAUUCGUGCAAAGGGACAGAGUUCCAAGCGCCAAGCGAGGGGAUCGCCGGAAAACACGCGGUUCUUCUAGGGCUAGGUUUAAGGGAACUAUUCAAACAGGGUGUACAUAGAGAGGAUUUACAGAUAUUUACUUAACUACCGAUAAGCUUAAGCUUAAGAGAAUAUGAGAGGAUGCGUGUUGCGUGCGUGCGUGCGUGCCAGAAUGCAUGGAAGAGGCUUUAACGAGGAGCGACCCGGCGGAAGAAUCGAUCGAUCGUUACUCGAAAGCACUGGCGUAUCUUUUUAGAGUAAUUCCGCUAGCCGCGCGAAUCAAUCCCCGAUCGCAACGACCGGGGUUCCUACGACUUCCCUACGUUCGAAGUUGCCGUUUUUGUUCCAUCGAUCAAAGCUCGCUGCUUCGAACGUCUAUCGUGUAACUUAUCGAACGUCGCCAUUGUCGUUUACCCGAGAACGUCGUUAAUGUACAUACGAAUCAACGUGAAAGAAACAGGAUCACGUACCAUAAUUGCGGGAAUGAAAGACGAGAAGUCGGUGGGGGAGACGCGAGUAGCCUGAAAACGAAGAAGAACGCUGCAGUCUUUACGUGUAUAUAGAGCCCAAGCGUAACUACAUGUACGUCCGCGCGAGUAAACGUGUGUACUACAUUAGGUCGCGGGACAAGAUGCAGGCCAUGCUUUGUUACGCGAGAAAACGGUCAGUGGAUCGAGACGAUUAAUCGUACACAGGAAUCGUGCACUGGCUGAAAGCAUAGUACUUGAAUCGUGCAGAUUGGCUUGGGGAUUUCUAAGAAUUUUAUUGGCAAAGUGACCGGUCUUGUAUGAAACUUUGCUUUCAAGGAAAAGUUUUUCGAGGCUGUUUCGACUCCGCUUCGAACGCGGUGAACGUACUUCGCGAUAGAACAUUUCGAUGUAUUUUUAUUUGUUGCACUGGAAAUACGAUUGUAUAUAUGAUUUUUAAAUAGUCGAAACGUUCUACGACAUUUGUAAACGGUUCGUGUCUAAUCUAUGAGAAAACGUGUCGAAAUAUUUGUAUCUAUCAUGGAAUUUUAUUUGUACCUCUGAAACUUUUCCUUCAAAGAUAGAGACAUUGCAACAAAACAACAAGUACUUGUCGUUUAAUGCGCUUUAUCAUAAAAAGAUAUUAAAAAUUACGAUCCUCGACCAACGCUGCAUAUAUUUAUCGGGACCAUCUUGUCACGAUCGGACAAUACGUUGAAAUCGUAUUCGUGGUCUCCGGACGCAUCACUGUGUUACCAAAGAACACUGUUUUUUAUUAUUAUUAUUAUUAUUAUUAUUAUUAUUAUUAUUAUUA